UGGCGGGCGGUCGGGAUGGGGAUGGGGUCCGGAACCGUCGUCCCCGUCGUCCCCGUCGUCCCCCGUCCUCCCGGGGCGUCAAGCCGGGCCGUUGUCGGUCCGCCUCCGGUCCGGCCCUCGCCCUCCUGGCUCUUCCCCUCAGCGCGCUCCGCCAUGUUGUCGCGGGGCCUCCAUGACGGCGGCCCGCCGGGACGACGGCCGCCCGACCCUGCAGGUCCCACCGAUCCCAAGUUUGACAUUGACACGGUUGUAUCACUCCUGAGGCAAGAAAAUGCAAAAGAUAUUUGUGUGAUCCAGGUUCCUCCGGAAAUGAAAUACACAGAUUACUUCCUAGUCGUGAGCGGAUCCUCCACCAGGCACCUGCAUGCUAUGGCCAACUACAUAGUCAAAGUGUACAAGCAACUGAAAUGCCCAAGUGAGCCUCAUGUUCUCAUCGAGGGGAAGAGCACAGAAGACUGGCUGUGCAUCGAUUUUGGCAAAAUGGUGGUACAUCUGAUGCUCCCCCAGACUCGUGAGUUUUAUGAAUUGGAGAAGUUGUGGACGCUCCGCUCUUUCGACGAUCAGUUAGCUCAGAUGGUCACAGAAUCAUUACCGGAAGACUUCAUUCUUGACUCCGCAGAGGACGAUCCUGAAUAUACGGUGUCAGAGGUCGACAGCAAGUAGAAGGGGAGUAUUUACUUCUUGGGAUCCUCCCACUUCGCCUUACUCUUUCCCCGGUCUUUAAGAUCGUGGCAGGGCUAGACUAGGGGGAAGCCCUUGACAAAGGGCAGAGCCCGCCUGCGAAGCAGAGGGGUGAGAAGGGAGCUCGGCCGGCCCCCUCCAACUGAGGCGCUGGCCCUGCAGAGAGACUAAGGUGGCAGCUGAAGUGCUCAAAAGGGCUGGCUAUUUUGGCUACGACGGGUGGUCUCACUUAAGAAAGGCACCUGUGCACUACAGACAUCAUUUGCCUGGCCCCCCUGGACCUCAAGCAGCACCAGCUCUGCCUUACAGCGGGACCGUGCUUGCAGGUGAAAUAAAGUUGAAUGACACCAUUUUUUAUGGUGGAGUUCCUUUUCUAAGGAUAUAACAUUUCACGCCCCCGGGCCUCCUGCUAUCCUGCGACCAACUACGGUGUUAACGGGGGGUGGAGGUGGAGAAUGCAGCGGCUCUGAUGGAUGUAUUGCCACCAGGAGGGUUAGAUGGGGGGCCCCUUUGGGCCACUCCUUACCUUUAAGGUGGAGCACCCAUUCCCACAACAUUAAUGUCGUUUCGUGGGUGGGCGGGUAGGCAGGCAGGUGGCCCGGGGAGGACCGACGGUUUGACCCGAGAGACGACGGCCGCGAUCCGAACGUGUCCGGUCCUAGGCCCCCUGAAUUCCAGCUAGAAAAAGAACAGAUGCCUCUGCACCUCGGCUUUAGCUUUACUCACGUGAGUCCGAUAAAAGCACACGCACACACACACACCACGGCACCUAAGGAUAGGAGUUAAACUCUUUAUUCCAUUCAGAGGCAUCUGGCAAGUGGAGCUGCAUUGGGGGGCACGUUACAGAUGAGAAAUGAUCCAUACUUUGCGGGUAUUAAAUUCCUUUACAGAAGAAUUACUUCCUAGCUAUUCCCAGAUACUCCAAAUGACCAAGUCUUCAUUGAAAAAUAAAAUGAUUCACCACACUAGACAGGCUAGAAAUUCAAGAGAGAUGACAGUAUUUAAAUCAGCAGAUGGAAACGUAGCACCUAUUUGCAAACAAACUUUACGGAAAACAAAAGUUUCUCUCAAAUGUUAAGAAGGCGUGGUGGGGCUUAAACGUGCCUCAACCAAAAAUCCAAAACACUAGCUCAUGACUGUAAAUACUUCAGUAACAUUAAUUCAUUUUAAGAAAAAAAAAAAUAGCUAAAUACUAGGUGAAGUUCACUGUCAGGAGGAAAAGAACUGUUCAUUUCUCUGCUAAAACUACAACAUAAGUUUGAGGGUUUUCAACCAAUUAGUAAAGAAGAGAUGCAGGAAAAACACUUCAGACCAUUUUCAAAGUUAGCUAAUCUGUACAAUAAUGAUCUUUGGGAGAAAAAAAAAAUUAACUAUUCUAUGUAGAAAUGCCUCUAUUUCAAUAUGAAUCUAAGAGGUAGAUCAACAAAAUGAUGAAAAAUGGUUUUGCUAGUUGUGCCCCUCUAAUCAGUGCAGCAUGGUGAUGCUGAUCAUCUCAUGCACAAAAACAUCACAAAAAAAAAAAAAUAAAGGUUCAGAGGUAAAUAGCAUGGCUCUGUGUAGACCACACCCGCACGCACCCGCACACACCCAUACACACAGCAGUCUUUAUGCACCAAGUGUUGCCGCCACAUUUCAAAACUGAGGUAGACUGAAGUGUACUGUGGGAACUCGAACGUGUUGUGUCACCACAAUCGUUACUCAAAUUACAUUCUGAAAUGAAAAGGAAAUUUGGUAGCUUUCCCGGUUUCCCUGCCUUUGAUGAUUUUUGUUUGUAAAAAAUGGUUCAGAAUGUGCAUAAAUCCUGCUGCAUUCUAUUGUAA